AUGGAAGUUCAAACGUGGUAUUUGAAAACAUCAAAAUUGGCUCUGGCACUAGCAAUUAUCCACUCAAAACCACCAAACAGAAACAGUAGAGAAUAUACAGAGUAUCUUGCUAAAAUGCUUUCUGAUCAAAUUGGACACUGGAGAUCAAAAGUUGAAACUUUGGAAACUGAAGUUCUGCAAUUACGUCAAAAACUUCUUUUGAAUGAGAUCUAUCCAAGAUCUAAUUAAUGUAUUUUUUUUUUUGUUUCAGGAAAUACAGCUGUUCCUCUGUCCUCUAAGGAGCUUGAAUGUCCUGAGAACAACUCCAGUCAGCUGGAAGACUCUGGGUGUGAUGUGUUAAGUGAAAAUAGAACUGACCCUUCAGAACUGUCCCAGAAUGUUGAAGAAAGUUUUACUUCAUCUUCUGAAAAUUCUGUAUAUCAACCACCCAUUGUGAAAAGCCAUUAUGCCCUCCAAGAAAAAACUUUAUCAUCUCAUCUGCAAUUUUUGCAACACAUUCUUGAACUGAAGAAUUUAACAGAGUCUGGUAAUUUGAAAACAGAUUUAAAUAAGUUUGAAAGCAGCAAUUCCACAGUAUCUGAUUCUGUAUUUCGGUUGCUUGAUGGUCUGAUAAAUUUUUACAGUGACUCUAAACUCCCUUUCUCAAACUUUUUGACAGAAGCGGUUUAUAUUUUGACUAAGUUAAUCGAUGAUUAUAAUUUAUCUAAUCACAUACUUAAAACAUGUUUCAAGAAGUUGGAAGAAUUUGAGAAAACUCUGGUGCAGGUUAUUUUAAAGAACAGCAGUAUUAAUCGGUUUCAGGUGCAGCAUUACAUCUCUAAUAGUCUGGUCAUACUGGGAAAGUGCAAUUUUUUAAGAAAACCUAUCAUAUCUCUGCUUCUAUCAGAAGUGAAUAAAUUCACUGAGGAGUUGAGGAAUACGCAUCAGGUCCAAUCUGGAUAUGACGUGGUACGCUAUGAGAACAUUUUCUCUCUCUGCUGGGUUCUAGAACAGAUACUUCAAGACAGAACAGAAGACAAUCUUCUGCCAAGUAUAAGUCCAGAAGAACAGGAAACCAGAAAGUUUCUUGAUCAACUUGAUCAAACUAUUCUCCAUCUCUCAGAUGAAUUUCCUCUGUUUACUUUGUACAUAUGGAGAGUGGGUAUUCUUUUGAACUCAGCUCAAAUAAGAACUGUUGAAAAUAAUUCACCUCCCUAUUCUCAAACAUAUUAAAGGUGUGUUUGGAAUAUUUGUGCCUGGAACAUUUUCAGAAGAAUUAUUUUUAAAGACUCAGUGUUGAAAACAUAAAAUGGAUUUGGCAAUAAAAUUAUUCAUUUGGCUUAUCCACUUAGCUUAAAAAUUGUCUAUAAUAGAAUAUGGAAGUUGUGUUGGCCUUCUGUUACAAAGCUAAUUUAUGGUAAGCGCACUCUUCUUCACCCUGCCUCCUUCUCUCGGAAAUAUAUCAAUACUCAGAUUAUAUUAAUUAUAUUAUCAUUUUUGUCUCUUUCCUAUGGAAUCAUUUGGUUUAUUUAUAUCUAUAUUAUACAAAUAGAAUAGUCUUUAAAGAGACUUCCCUGUAACAUGAUCUAAUUGAAAUACAAAAAUAAUUUACAGUUUUUCUUAAACAAUAGUUUUGAGA